AUGUCCGCUCCUGCUGCUCCCGAACAAGCCAAUAUGCACAAGGAUGAAGUGACCGGUGAGAUGGUAUCCAAGUCCGAGCUCAAGCGAAGACAAAAGGAAAGAGCCUUAGCAGCCAAAAAAGCUGAGAAAGCUGCUUCUCAGCCUGCUGCUCAGCCCAAGGCUGAUAAGGGACCUUCGAAGGCUGCUGAAGCUGAACUGGAUGCUACUGCCUUCCGAGAAUUGCGAAUCAAGGAGAUCCAAGCUCUCAGAAAGUCACAAUCACCCAACCCUUACCCCCACAAAUUCCAUGUCACCCAAUCUGUCCCAUCGUUCGUUAGAGAGUGGGGUAUUGAGGGUAAAGUGGAGAAAGGUGCUCAUGUGACUGAUGCCAAGCCAAUCUCCCUCGCUGGUCGAGUUCACACAAUCCGAGAAUCAUCCUCUAAGCUUAUCUUCUACGACUUGAAGGCUGAUGGUGAGAAAGUGCAAAUCUUGGCUCAAGCACAAAACGCCGCUUCAGUCGACGAAUUCAUCUCCUCCCAUUCUCUCAUCCGACGAGGAGACAUAGUCGGAGUGACCGGUAUCCCCUCCCGAACCAAAAUGGGAGAACUUUCAUUACUCAUCUCCUCUAUCCAAUUGCUCUCACCUUGUCUUCACCAAUUACCAGGUAGAGAAGGUGUACAAGAUCAAGAGACCCGAUACAGAAAGAGAUACUUGGAUUUGAUCAUGAACCAACCUACUAGAGAUAUCUUCAUCACCAGAUCCAAAGUCGUCAACUACAUUAGAAAAUUCUUGGACAACCUCGGAUUCUUGGAAGUUGAAACACCAAUGAUGUCAAUGGUAGCUGGAGGAGCCACUGCCAAACCUUUUGUCACACACCACAACGAUCUCAAACUCGAUCUUUUCAUGCGUAUCGCUCCUGAAUUAUAUCUCAAGGAACUGGUCGUUGGUGGAUUAGAUAGAGUAUUUGAGAUCGGUAGAGUAUUCAGAAACGAGCAAAUUGAUAUGACUCAUAACCCCGAAUUCUCGAUUUGUGAAUUCUAUAUGGCCUAUGCGGACAUGUACGAUCUCAUGGAUAUGACCGAAUCGAUGAUAUCGGGAUUGGUACAGUACUUGUACGGAACCAACAAGGUCACCUUCCACCCUCAAGGUAAAGGUGAAGGCAAAAAAUCUUACGAAGUGGAUUUCUCAACUCCAUGGAAGAGAUUCGAUAUGAUUGGGGAAUUGGAGAAACAGUUGAAUGUCAAAUUCCCACCUGGAGAAACAUUACAUGAUGACAAUGCCAAUAAGUUCUUGAGGGAGUUGUGUGAGAAACAUAAUGUUGAUUGUUCUGAACCCAAGACCAACGCUAGAUUACUUGAUAAACUCGUUGGUGAAUUCAUUGAAGUCCAAUGUGUCAACCCAUCCUUCAUCGUCGGCCACCCACAAGUGAUGUCUCCCUUGGCGAAAUACCAUAGAUCUAGACCUGGGUUAUGUGAACGAUUCGAGGCUUUCAUGUGUACCAAGGAGAUCUGUAAUGCCUAUACCGAGUUGAACGAUCCUUUCGACCAAAGGGAUAGAUUCGAGGAACAGGUCAGACAAAAGGAAGCGGGUGAUGAUGAGGCCCAAGGUGUUGAUGAGACUUUCUUGGAUGCCCUCGAAUAUGGUUUACCACCUACCGGAGGAUGGGGUUUGGGUAUUGAUAGAUUAGUGAUGUUCUUGACUGAUUCAGCCAACAUUAAAGAAGUCUUGUUGUUCCCCGCUAUGAGACCUGUUGUAGCUACUUCUACGGAGGCUGUCCCUCCUUCUAUCACUGCCACUGAAGCUGCCAAGGAAGGUGGAGUGGUUGCUUAG